CGCCAUUAAAGAAGAAGAAGAAGAAGAAGAACACACAGCUGAGCCAUCGAACAUGACUUCCGCAUGACUGAAGCUGUGCUUCCUGUGUUGUGGACCGAGCAGCAGCGCAAUGCGGAGAUGAAGGCGCUUCGCUGCUUCUGCUUCUGCGUGUGUUCUCUGCUUCUGCUGAAAGUGUCCGCGGGAUUCAGAGAUCUGAGGCGUCCUGAGAACGUCAGCGUCGACUCGCUCAACACCCGUUAUGUGCUGCGGUGGGACUGGCCUCAUGAGACCGCCGCCAACCAGACUGUCACCUUCACUGCGCAGUAUCUACGGGAGUUUCGGUCCCGGAAGGCCAGUAAUGAGAAGUACUGGACAUCGGUGUGUGUCAAUGUUUUGGAGCAUCGCUGUGAUUUCACUGGAGCUAUACAUUACAAAAUCUCUUUUCUGCUGCGUGUGUGGGCAAACACGUCACAGCAGUCUUCCGGCUGGGUCCAGAUCAGUUUCUGUCCUGAUGAACACGCUGCUUUAGGUCCUCCCUCCAGCUUGAAGCUGAGCUCGGUUAAAGGAGAUCUAGAGAUCAUCAUCACUGACCCUCUGAGCAGCACUAACCAGUCCAUGAAAACUUUGCUGAACGACAGGUUGAGCUACCGCAUCCAGUACUGGAGGCGCUCUGAAGAGCCUCAGAAGGCUAAAGACCUGGAGACGAAGAACAAUCUGGUGAUGCUGACUGAGCUGGACAGACAGACGUGGUACUGUGUGAGAGUUCAGAGCCGUGAUGGCUCCCAUAAGAAGAGCAGCGUCUUCAGCGACACACACUGCACACGCACUGAAGGUCAGAUGCCGUACUGGCAGAUAUUCCUGUACUUCCUGAUUUCUCUGCUGCUGAGCUUCCUGCUGGUGCUGCUGAACUUCUGCUUUUACAAGAUGAUCACGCUCCUCAAGAACACCUUCUGCCCAGCCAUUCAACUCCCGGAUCACAUUCAGGAGCUGUGGUUAAGUGACUCGGAGAAGCCGCAGCUGCUGGCUCCUGAGUCUCCAGAGACUGUGUGUGAGCUGCUGGUCAUGGGCAUACGAUGA